AUGUACAAAAUUCGUACCAUCCCCGUUAUUAUCAUAUUGGCCUUCCUUUUAUGUCUUAAUGCUACUAGUAUAGCUGUGGAAUACGAUUCGCCCCUCCCCGUAGCAAAUUUUGACCAAACAGUGAAACAAAUAGAAGAUAGUCUUUUAAACCGGACUCUAACUGAAAAGGACCAAGAAAGAGUACAAUUACUCUCUGUAGGUUUUAAGAAAGUAUAUAGAAAAUAUAAUACCAGUCCGGUGCUUCUCUAUGGAAUAAGCAGGUUACUAAAACAAAAAAUCGAAUUUAUGAAGAACGAAAAGAAUGUUUCUAUCCAUCAUCAAAUUGAAAGUUUGCAUAGGGCACUACAAUUUGCAUUAAACCAUCAUCCUAAUGAUAAUGUCAAAGUAACUGUACAACAUUUGGAACGUAUGGAAAAGAGUAAAGUGAAAAAAAUGUACGAUAAAAUAUUUAACAAUGGCUCUAAACAACAAAAUGACUCCGUCAAUGCCAUUCAAAAUAAUAAGGGCAUAAUUGGCCCAGAAAUCCUGAGAUUUGCUAAAGGUGGUGCUACUUCAAUGAUACUUCUGGCGGGCGUUGCAGACCUUUGCGCUUUGGCCCCUGCUUUCUUCUGCGUGUUAUCCGCAGUGGCUUCUACAAUAGCUAUAGUAAGAUGGUUAGACCACUUCAACUUACAUCUGUACGAUGACACAAUCAACUAUCCAUAG